UUGUGGAUUUAAAAACUAACAGUUUAAUUUGUAUGGUGAUUUCUAACAGGGGAUGUCAUAAAUUGCGACGCCUGCGACUUGUUCAAUGCUUCCAUCAAAUGUCAGACGAAGGAUUCUGUGAGAUGGAUGAAAAGCUUCCAUUGUUGGAGGAACUUGAUAUUAGCCUUUGUCACUAUGUAUCUAGUAUUGCUUUAGAAGCAAUAGGCCGAAGUUGUCCUCUUCUGAAAUCAUUCAAAUUUAAUAAUGAUGGCAGUAAGAAAGAAGCAUUUGUUAUUGUACAAAAUAUGUCCAACUUACGCCAUCUCCAACUUGUUGGUAACAAUCUCGACAAUAGUAGCUUGAGUGCCACUCUUAAUGGUUGUCCUCAUCUUGAAUCUUUGGAUUUACGCAUGUGUUCAGAACUUGAGUUGGAGAGGAUAUUAAGGAUAAGAUGUGAUGAACAAUUAAAAGAUUUUAGAGAUUCAGAUGCACUCCUUGAUGGCUUUCAACUUUGGGGACUCCUUGAUGGCUUUCAACUUUGGGGACUAAGUUAUGAAACCGAAUACAGUGUUGCAGUAUAUAAGUAUCAAUGCGAGAAGCGGGACGAGAAAGAAAAAAGAUAGAGAGGCAGAAAAUUUGGAUGUAGCAAAUUGGGAGGAUAUAGAUGCUAUAUGAAAAAGUAUCAAAAGUCAAAAAAUACUGUAUAAAGGAUUAAUUCCAAGAUCAAGUAAUGGAAUGAAGUAUAGUGCUAAAUCCAAAGGGAAGAAGAAACAUA